AUGAGGCGCCAGGGAUCAAACCUAACUCCCAGCCUCGAUGUGGACACUGUAUCAUCUGGUCUUACGGCACAAAAUUGGGAAACAAGUGCUCAACUCUGGAAAAAAGAGCCAACAUUGUUACUGAUCUCUGAAUACAAGGAGUACCAAGACUGCAUUGAUAAGGGCAAAAUAAAGAAAAAGGUUGUUUGGACUGAAAUAGCAAAGCACCUUAGUGAAGAAGGUUAUAACUUCACACCAGACCAAGUUUGUUCCAGAUGGAAGACACUUAUGAGAUCCUACAAAGCUGUUAAAGACAGCAACAAAAGAAGUGGUUCUGGUCACAAGACCUAUGUAUAUGAGUCUCAUUUGGAUGAUGUCUUUUGUGACAAUCCCGUUAUACAGCCAGUCGAAGUAAUGAGCAGCACUCAUAGUAACACUUCAGAUGAGCAGUCAGCCAGCUGCAGUUCAGAGGAGCAUCCUGUUGACGGGCCAAAGAAAAAGCGUGCACGUUUGUCGUCUGCAUCACAGGUAGUAGGCAUCAUGAAAGAUUACAUGGAAAUGCAGGAAAGAAGACAGAGGGAAGAAGAUGAUAGGAGGGAAAGAAUGCAUCAAGAAAGAAUGGAUAUUUUAAAAGCAUUCAUUGAUGCACAGAAGAAAUGAUGAAAUUGUAGUGUUUACUGAUUAACAAACAUUACAGGAUUUUGAUGCCCCACAGAAGUUGAGCAUAUUGUGGUUCCUUUUUCCAUCAUGUCUGUUGUCCAGAGCAUAUCUCCAAUUAAAAAUAUUUCACUGAAACUUAAAAUGUAGAUAGACAAAGUACAGAAUACAUGAAUCAUUACUUAUAUUUUCAAGUUACCUCCCAUUUUAGCUUGCUUAUUUUUCAAAGAAAAAUGCAAGUUAUUGUCUUAGCCUUGGUGCCGUGUGCAUCAUGCAAAAUCUUUAAUGUUGGUCAUUACUUGUAUAUCCCUUUAUGGUACUUUGUUCAUGUUCACACACAUUGGCCUUGUGACAAGACCUUCACACUGCACAUUUUUGACCUUGACCUUCAUGCAACCUUGACCUUGUACCCUGAAUACUGAGAAAAAUAGCUGAGCCCAGUAUCCGCUUUUGGUGCUCUUGUUGUACUUACGUUUGGCUUGUCUUGAGUGUAGCUUCUAAGUACUGAAGGUAUUUUAUUUAACUGGGAAGAAAUGUAAAUAUCAAGGCAAGAAAGUGCAGAUUGCAAGAACCAUUACUAUUUCUAGAAAAGUUUUUAAAGAUUUUCAUGAUAACUUAACUACUGUUUAUGGCAAUUUAAUAAAUACCGGUAAUACACUGCAAUUGAGGAGCAAUGGAGAACACAAGAAUGGUAAUCCUUUAAGUUAUUUUAGAACUGAUUUUCACCUGGCACUUUUCUAUAAGUAGCCAUAUUACGCAAUGCAUAUGAUCACUUGACAAAGCCCUGUCGGCUAGUAUUUGUUAGUUCUGGCUAAGAACUUGUUUUUGUCUUUUUUUUUAUUUAAUUUUUUGUUCACCUAAAUCCCAGAGUUGAGAUGAGCUAUUGUGAAUUUAGUAAAAUAAGCCAGCUUGGUAAUGGGCAAGAUCAGAGUUAUAACACCGGAGUCAUAACCUCUUUUAUUAGCAAAAAUGGCAUAUUUCAAUUUGUUAAUCAACAAAGGUUCCAUUUUCUGGUUUCUGUUGGCCUAAUUUCUGCUUUUAUGUUACAACAUAAUAAUAAAGCUUUGUUUCAAUAACUGGAACAUAGUGACUCAGGUGAAAAAUAAUGUGUUAAUAUUGCCCUCUUAUUUCAGAAUUUAACUUUUCGGAGAUGUUAAGGUUCAUUUGAUGCUCACUGGUUCACUAGUAAUAGGGAGGCACAUUUUGCAAAGCAUUUUAAUUUUGUUGUGUUCUCUAAAGGUGAAUAUUGGUAGAUAAUGUAGAUUUUAUUUCAGUUAAACUUUUAAAUAUUUGCUUUUUGUAUUUUUCUAGUUCAUUGAUAUUUCAAUGCUUCUGAAGUCUCCUUUGACAGUUCUGUUAUUUCUUUUUUUAUGGAAUCAGUUUUUAAGUUUGUUCUUGUAUAACUGUAAGGGAAAAUUCUAUGUGUGAUGGCACGAUAUUACAUGUCCAUUUACCUUUUAUUUUAAUGGAUCAUUAAUCAAUCUUGGGAGAAGUGUGCUUUAUCUAAUAGCAAUCUGUAGAAUUUAUUAUAAUUGUUUUAAUAGUGAUUUUGUGAUGACCUUAAUGGAAAGGAAUUCCAGAUUAUACAAGUAAAUAAUUGUUUGAAACUGCAUACAUUAAAAAUUAAUCUUUUUGUGCCUCCACAAAAAUGAUUGUGGGAAGAAUCAUUUUUCCUUCAAUCCAAUCAAAUUGGCCUCGCAUGUGUCCCAAGCAGUACUUAGGGUACAGUAAUAAAACUUAGUAGAAAUGUUUAUCACUGUGUAAAGUUGCGCACCUCUGGUUUUGCUUGAUUAUUUAGCAGGGUUAUGGCUCUUGGCUUAGUCAAGAAUAUGCAUAAAGGACAUAAAAGUUUGUAUUGCUCAAACAUCAGAAAGUAUUUCAAUUAGUCCUGAAAAUUUAAGAGUUUUAUUCAAUACGUGAAGUUGUACAUCUGCGGUUUGAGGUCAGGGUCAUCAUUACUGAAAUAGACUGAAAUUGUGAUAGAACAUUUUCAGAAAAUGGCGUUCACUGGUACAGUUUGAAUUGUUAUAUAAUAUUAAAAUAAAUUCAGUGCAUGUCGAAUAUACACAGUCAUCCAUAAGUGAUUAUAUUCUCAAUACAUAACUCUCAGUCAUAUUUUAUAAUGAAAGGUAAAGCAAAGGUUCAAUAAUCAGUCUCAGUUUGUCAACAAGUAAAAUAAAGCCAUUCAGUGACAACGAGUGGGGGCACAUAUGUUUUACGGACAUACAUCUAGUUCUUUCUUUGUUUUAGUUUUAACCUGAACCAAGGUGUUUCACAACUUCUACACUCAUGUUCUACUACAUGUUCACAGAACUUGAUCAGUUUGCACAUAAUCUUUUUUUUUUAGAAACUGAAUUACCAGUUGCAUAGUUGUAUUUUAGAAAUGUUCACCUCUUCCUUACUUUUUAGUUGGCAAUUAUACUUCUUUCACUUCAGUUUUGAGCUCACCUGACCACGAAGUGGUCAAAGGUGAGCUAUUAGGAUUACUCUAUAUCCGACAUCCGUCCGUCAUCAACAUUUGUUCAUUAACACUCUAGCGGUCACAGUUUUGACCCGAUCGUCAUCAAACUUUGCCAGAAUGUUCAUCAUUAUGACCUAUAAAUGAAGUUCUAAUCAGGGGUCAUGUUAGAUCAAAAACUAGGUCAUUAGGUCAUAUCAUAGAAAAGCCUUUACAAACACGCUAAGAGGUCACCGAUUUUACCUCAAUCUGGUCACUGUUCAUCUCUAUGAUAUUUUGUUCAAUAUGAAAUGUUGGUCAUAAUGGGUCAAUAUCUAGAUCUCUUGGCCAAAUUCUAGAAAAUCCUUGUGAAGACUCUUUCUAAUGGAUCAGCUAUUGUCAGGUGAGCGAUUUAGAACCAUCUUGGUCCUCUUGUUUUAAUAUUCUACACAGAAAGCUGGAAAUUGGAACAAUGUUGUCAUACCAUUUUCUUAGAUUUCUUGACAAUAUUUCGAAGCAAAGAUGUAUUUUAUAAUAUCAAACUUGUGAUCUGAUAUAUAUAUAAUCAAGUCAAAAUUUUGGUUGUCAUGGAUUCGAGCCCUGCUACGACCAUGUUCUUCUGUCUGUUGGACAGUCGAUUGUUUCUGGUGGAGGUCGAUGUUUAGUACUGGUUUCCACCCAGGAACGAUGGUUAGGUAAGCAGCAGCCUGUAUAUAACGGAAAAAUUGUUCAAAAAGGGCAUUAAACCAAAAACAAUCUCAGUCUCAAUUUGGCUAUCAAAUUCCUCACGAAAGAUAUCAGAUUUUACAAGAAAAGAAAUAAAACUUGUUAAACUACAAUGAAUUAGCAUGUCAUUGAUAAUUGCAAAAUGUAUUUGCAUCUUUAGUGUAUUAAGUGUUAGAUACUGUUUUGUUAAGGGUGCUGUUCAGGUGCAGCUUCUUAUUCUGUUACUGUUUUUGUUACAUUCUUGAAUUAAAAUUUUAAAUCUGA